AUGACGAUUCAUAGCGUGUUCUGCCUGUUCGCCUUCGGCCUGGUAUUCGCAGGCGCAAGUGGCGAGACGCAGAGCAAGCCUCAUAUCCUCUUCCUUAUGGUGGACCAAAUGGAUGGACGACUGCUGGAUGAUCAUGCGCCGCAAUUCAAGCCGCCGCUGCGGAAUUUGCGGUCACUGGCAGCAGAAGGUGCCUACUUUCCUCAGGCGUAUUCAUCAUCUCCUCAAUGCGUCCCUGCGCGAUCUUCCAUGUUGACAGGCCGAUAUCCUUCCCAGAUCAAGGUUUGGGAUAAUUUUGUCGGCAUCGCGAACGUGAAUGGUAGCGUGGAAAAUGUAGACUCUCACUGCAUCAAAACCUUCUCAGAGGAGACGUGCCAUAUCUUUGCUAGAAGCCAGAGGGUGAACGGCACUUUCAUCGACGCCUUGGCCACUUCAGGGUACAACAUCACGCUUUGGGGGAAGAUGCACGCAGGUGCAGGUCUACACCGCUACCAGGGGCAGAUCGAAGCUGAGCCUUGGGGCGGAAGAAGGAGUCCGAAGGCGGCCAUGGAGUGGACCCGGGCCUUGGGACUUUCGCCUAGCCAAGAGGUCCCAAAGCUCCCCACAAAGGAUGACUUGCCAUGGCCGGCUACAGGACCCCUCGAUUAUGUGGCGACCCGGAACUGCGCAGAACUCCUGGACUCUGGACUUUUCAAGUCCGCUACGCCGCAGUUUCUUUAUUGCUCGCUGCUGGUUCCUCACAGGCCGUUCUGGACGAACUCAACCUACUUGGCCGAGGUGCCUGACCUGGGAAACUAUAGUCUGCCCCACUGGCAACCCAAGUCAGAGGUCCACCCAGCGGACAAGUAUGCCUCAGAAACCAAGAAUCUUUGGCGUGUGGACGAGGCUGCGCCCGACAAGGUCGCGCACUUGCGCAAGGUCUACUUCUCCAUGUGCAUCGAGGCCGACCAGCUGUUGGGACGCAUCAUCGAUGCCUUCCGGCGUAGUAGCAGCUUGGAUGACGCCUACGUCAUCAUGCUUGGCGACCACGGGGAGCACGCAACAGAGAAUCGCAUGUUGGGAAAGAAUUCCUUCUUCGAGGCGGCCGCGCGGGUUCCGCUGAUGGUGGCCGGCCCGGGAAUUGCGAAAGGCCAAGUCAUCCCAGACCUGACCUCGCUUUAUGACAUCUAUCCAACCAUACUGGAUAUGGCUGGCAUCAGCCCAACUGGUGAUGAAGUGGGAGAGUCCCUCCUUCCUCUGGCCAAAGAUCAUCGCACGAAGAAGCGGGACUUUGUUGUGGCAGAAUACCAUUCUGUUUUCUCAGCCACGGGCACCUUCAUGAUCCGGCAGGGAAACUUGAAGCUAAUCACUUACGCGCCUUUGAUGCCUGGAGCAGCCACCUGGCCAAGCCAGCUGUUUGAUUUGCAAGCUGAUCCUUGGGAGAAGGAAAACAUAGCUCUGAAGUCACCAGCACAGGUUCAGAGGCUGCUGGGACUCAUCCGUCAAGAGCUGGACAUGGAAGCGGCGGAUGCGGCCAAGAAGAUGUUUGACAAGGAGAUGUUUUUCUACUACUGGUAUCUCGCAACAGGUGGGGCGCAACACUGCUUGAAAGCAAUGCGGAGGAUCUAUCCGACUUUCUCCCCGGCUGAUGCCGAAAAGCUGGCUUCAUGGCUCGGAAAGCCUUGCCCAACCGACAUCAUUGUCUAG